UUAUGCAUGUAAAUCGUAUUUCAUUAAUUAAAUACAAUAAAAUAGUAAACACCGUGCAAAUGGACCAACCAUUUCCCAAGCUCUCUCUCCCUUCUGUUCUAGGUAAAAUCCCCAUCUCUCUCUCUCUCUCUCUCUCGACGUGAAUUGAUCGCCGUUCCGUCGGAGGAAACUUCAUAAAAUUAUGAGCUUGAAGAAUUUUGGCUCAUUUGGUUCGGGGAGAAAAUCAAUAGUUCAAGAGGAGGCUCAGGAGAGUAACAAGAUUCAGGAAGUACGAGCAUUGUUGGGACCUUUGCCAGAGAAAUUGUCUCUUUAUUGUUCAGAUGAGUGCAUUAGAAGAUACUUGACUGCAAGAGGUUGGAAUGUUAGGAGGGCAACUAAAAUGCUAAAAGCAACCCUGAAAUGGCGUCUCGAGUACAAGCCAGAAGAAAUUCGUUGGGAAGAGAUAGCCAAUGAAGCCCAGACCGGAAAAAUCUAUAGGUCCAGUCUUUUUGACAAGUAUGGAAGAAGCGUCCUUGUCAUGAGACCCGGUUUCCAGAACACAAAUGCAAUAGAGGGACAGGUUAAGUACUUAGUUUACUGCAUGGAAAAUGCCAUUUUCAAUUUGCCAGCAGGCCAGGAACAGAUGGUUUGGCUCAUUAGCUUUUGUGGGUUCGCUAUGUCGCACAUGUCAGUAAGGAUGACGAAGGAAACAGCAAAUGUGCUACAAGAUCGCUAUCCAGAAACACUAGGUGCUGCGAUUUUAUAUGACCCCCCGAAGAUCUUUGAAUCCUUUUGGAUGGUGGUGAAACCUUUCCUAGAGCCCAAAACUCACCGAAAAGUCAAGUUUGUUUACUCUGUGGACCCGAGCUCUCGCAAAAUCAUGGAAGAACUUUUCAAUUUAGAUGAACUAGAAACUUCAUUUGGGGGAAGAAAUCAAGCUAGUAGCUUCAAUUUUUUAGAGUAUGAUGCAAGAAUGACGGAAGACGAUAAAAAGAUGGCUCUCUUUUGGGCCGGAGCAAAUGCAUCUGAGACCGUACCCAUGCCUAGCCUUAGCCUUAGCCUUGACGUGGAGUCGGAUUCUGAUGAGUCGUUUAGAGAAGAACAAGACAAGUUCUCUCCUUCUCCAAUGCGUUCAGCGACGGAUUCUGUAGACAAGCUAACAUAAACCUCAGUGAUGCAAAGUGCUGAGCUAAUUUGGUUGGCGAUAUGCGAAUGAGUGGACUAACUACUAAUCUUAAAGAGAUCGAAAUGUUCCCUCAGAAUUAUAUUAUGAUGAUUUAGGAUGCAUUUUGCCUUUUUUUUUUUUUUACUUUUUUUUUUGUAAGAUGUGUUGAGGCUGCUCAUUUUAUUUCUAGAGUUACUAAAUGUUUA